AUGGGUAGGAAGAAGAAGAAGGCAUCGAAACCAUGGUGCUGGUAUUGCAAUAGGGAAUUUGACGAUGAAAAGAUUCUGAUUCAGCAUCAAAAAGCAAAGCAUUUCAAAUGUCACAUAUGUCACAAGAAAUUGUACACGGGACCCGGACUGUCAAUACACUGCAUGCAGGUUCACAAAGAAGCCAUAGAUAAAGUUCCAAAUUCAUUACCAAAUAGGUCAAAUAUAGAAAUAGAAAUAUAUGGAAUGGAAGGUAUACCACCUGAAGAUGUGAAGGAGCAUGAGAAACAGAAGACAGGUGGGGGGAAAGGUUCUGACAGUGAAGAUGAUGAGCCUGCGGCAAAGAAAAAAGCAACUCCGGCACUGUUGGGUCCUGGGCCAUCGUCUGUUACUCCGGGCAUACUGCCGACUCCGAUGGGGCCCGUUCCACCGGGGAUGUACCACCCCCACAUGCAAAUGAAUAUGAUGCCGCACUUUAUGCAGGCACCUAGAAUGAUGAUGCCUGGAAUGAGGCCACUAUUCCCGGCCGUCAGUGUUCCUGUCUCGACACCUAGUAAACCCACUUUUCCUGCAUACAGUAAUGCAACAAUAAGUGCACCUCCGACUACGUCGUCGGCGUCCGGCUCGGAUCCUAAAGAAAACGGAGAAGUAAAACCACCUGCUGCUAAUGCCUGUCCCCUUGUUACUGCGACAGGAGCAGGGUCUAAGAUAAUUCACCCACCUGAAGAUGUUUCCUUAGAAGAAAUACGGGCACGGAAUAUUAAAUAUCGCCCGAAACCCAAACCAGAUAUACAGAUGACACAGACAGCACCUACAAUGAUCACACCUAGCACGAGUCAAGCUGAGGUGGCGGCGCACAUGUCGGCGGCGGCGGCGGCGGCGCGCCAGCAGGCGCUGCGGCGGCCCAUGAUGCCGCCCGUGGUGCUGCCGCAGGUGCGCGUGGGCGUGCCCGUGUCCGUGCCGCCCGUCAUGCUGCCCGUCAUGCCGCAGUUCAGCCUCGUGCGCCCGCUGCAGCCCGGCAUGCUGCUGCCGGGCGGGAUGAUGCCGAUGGGCGUGUUCCCGGGCGUGGUGAUGCCGCGCUACCGGUAGUAGUCGGCGGCCAGGUAAGGGGCGGCGGCCCCCUGCGGCGCAGGCGACUCUGACGUCACAACGAGCGUUGUUGGACGCCGCCGCCCACUGACUUAGCGUUCCGAGUUCGAGUUCCGAGUUGCGACGUGUGUGUGACUGUGGCGUGGAGUGCGGCGCCGUGUCGUAUAUCGAUUGCCUUGAAUAUUUCCUUGUUUUUUUUUUUGUUUCUCCUUAAGCGUUUCCACGAAGUUGUGACGUUUUGCCUAUUCUUGUAGAAUUUUGACCGUUUUACUCAAUAAAUGCUCUCGAUUUGAA